CUUACUAUAUGGGCUCUACAUCCUAAUAUUUGAUUACUCACGAUGGCAUCUAGCCAACAAACAUCCCCUUGCUCGAUGUACCUAUUUCCGCAUGCUUCAUGCGCAUCAUUACGACGGCAUGUUACGUUAUUGAAGUAUGGAUAGUCCGGAACGGUCCUUCCUCUCCCUCUUUCCGUCCAUCUUUUCCCGUUUCUUGUUAGGCUAUAUACUAGGUAGUUUGCUUGCGUUUUUCUUUGUAUGGAUAUACCUAGGUAUCUGGCUUUUUUGUUUGUUUGCUUGCUUGCUUACUUGCUUCUCCUGUAGCUACUACAUCCAUACUACGCCGCCAUCGCGCGGUAGGUCCACAUUACAACGCUAUGUCUUCCAGGGCUCCUCCUUUUUUUACUCCCAGCCCAAUGGGACGACCCCUUUUGCCGAGAGGUUCCACAGGCUUGGGAAAUACCUAAUAAACCGCUAACCCCUCCCUCCAAGCGGGCGGCGUCGUCGUCAUGUUGUGCAACCUUUCAUUAUUGCGACUCCAUGUGCCUGACGGUACCGGACGGGCGGUGUUUUUGCUUUGCCCUUCGUUUUUCUUACUUCCUUUCGUACCCGACCUGUCGGGCGGGUUAUGUAGGUUGGGACGCGGAAUGGUAAUGUUGGUUGACUGCUGGUAUUCCUUUGGUAACGUUGAAGAUAUGCCCGCCUUUUUUUAUUUCUAGAUUGGGGAUAUGUGUAUGUAUAUAAGUGGCAGGGUAUAUGUAUGAUAUGAUAUGAUCUUUAUAAGAUUUUUUUUCAUGUCUUCAGCCUUACUACAUGUACUAGGUGACUAUAUCGCCCAAUAUUAACACUGUUUGUGAUGGGAUCACAAGUCGGACUGCCGCGUCCGCAUCGGGCCGCCUUACAAGUCAUAUACGCUCCA